AUGGUCUCCCAAAUAAUACUCUGUCUGCGGGCAACUUCUCCUCUACGCCCUUCCUCCCUCCACACCCGCGCCUUCUCCACCACGCUCUCUCGAAAAGAAAUCAACAAAAUUCUCCCCUCCGCCUCAGCCGCUCUCGAAAACAUGAAAGGAAAUACCACCCUCUUAGCCGGCGGGUUCGGCCUCUGCGGCGUCCCCGACACCCUCAUAAACACCGUCCACGCAAACCCUCACAUAAAAGGCCUUACCGCUGUCUCCAACAAUGCUGGCUUAGUAGGCUCAGGUCUCGGUCUUCUUCUCGAAUCGAAACAGAUUUCGAAAAUGAUAGCGAGUUAUGUGGGCGAGAACAAAUUGUUCGAACAACAGUACCUAAAAGGCGAGAUAGAAAUGGAAUUGACACCCCAAGGUACACUGGCCGAACGUUGUAGAGCCGGCGGAGCAGGUAUCCCAGCCUUUUAUACCCCAGCAGCGUUCGGCACUGUUGUACAAACAGGCGAACUCCCUUUACGGCAUAAUGCAGACGGCUCGGUGCAGUCGUACAGCCAGCCACGCGACGUGAAAGUGUUCAAUGGCAAGAGCUACAUAAUGGAAGAAGCCAUCCGCGGGGAUUACGCAUUCGUAAAAGCAUGGAAAGCGGACCGUUUAGGAAACUGCAUGUUCCGCUACGCGGCAGCGAAUUUCAACGGGGCGAUGGGGCGGAACGCGAAAGAGACGAUUGUCGAAGCAGAACAUAUUGUGGAGCCAGGUGAUAUAGAUCCGGCGGCUGUACAUUUGCCGGGCAUCUAUGUCAAGAAGGUCAUCCAGAGUACGGCGGAGAAGAAAAUCGAGAAAUACAACUUCUCGCCAGAUGAAGGGGCGGGCGCGGACACGGGGGCUCUUGGGAAAGGGGAAACGGCGGGAAAGAGAGAGCGGAUUGUAAGGAGAGCGGCGAAGGAAUUUAAAAACGGCAUGUAUGCCAACCUAGGCAUAGGAAUGCCCAUGCUCGCGCCGAGUUUUGUCGACCCCUCGGUAUCCGUCACGCUGCAAUCAGAAAAUGGUAUACUAGGACUGGGACCGUAUCCGAAGAAGGGCCAAGAAGAUCCGGACUUGAUCAACGCGGGCAAAGAGACCGUCACAUUACUGCCCGGCGCGAGUUGUUUCGGCAGCGACGAGAGCUUCGGCAUGAUCAGGAGCGGGAGGAUCGAUCUGACGAUUCUGGGUGCUAUGCAAGUCUCCGCGAAGGGUGAUCUUGCGAACUGGAUGCUCCCCGGCAAAAUCAAAGGCUUCGGCGGCGCCAUGGACCUCGUCUCGAACCCUCAAGAGACCAAAGUCGUCGUCACCAUGGAACACGUCGACAAGAAAGGACGCCCCAAGAUCCUGAACCAGUGUGCAUUCCCCCUCACCGGCAGAGCCUGCGUUUCGAGGAUCAUCACCGAUCUCUGCGUCUUUGACGUCGAUUUCACAUCCGGACUCACGCUCAUCGAGCUCACCGAGGGCGUCACGGUUGAUGAGAUCCGGUCGAAGACCGAGGCGGCGUUUCAGGUUGCGGAUACUGUAGCGCCGAUGUUGUGA